AUGCCUUUUCUGGUGGCUCUACAGACUGGGCAAAAAGAAACUCUAAAAGUCAAAUAUUCCUACACUAUUGAGUUGCGACCAACCUACGAAGGUAUUAUAGGUUCAUUUUUCGCAUCAUAUUCCUUUUUUCAAAUUUAUAGUAGUAGAAUCAUUCUUUUUCAAUUUGUUUUUCCCUAACGUAGGAAUAUUUUACAGAAUGGAAUGGAUUUAUUCUCGACCGUAAAGAGCUUGUUCCAACUGCCAAAGAGACAUGGGCUGGAGUUUCGGUAGUUCUCGACGAAGUUCUGUCUCAAUACUUGGCAGGGAUCGGUCUUUAUUAUUUUCAUAUUCGCAAAAAGCUUUUCAUUUCAGAACAAGAGUCGGAACUGAUGAGAUUGCGGCAGCAAAAAUGCUUCGAUAAACUAAGCGGAUGCGGAUUUUGGGUUCGUAACACGCCAGACAUUUGCAGGUGAAUAGUUAAAACUGACCAAGUUCUUGAAGUGAUAAAUAAGCCAAGACAAACCUCAACUUCAGGAAAUCGCCGGGGUCGAUGGUGCGAGACUGCGCACGAACCUGCAACCUCUGUCACUUGAUAGCCGUCCGUACCAACUGAAAACUUUUCUUUUAUUAAUGUCAAACCAAAUUUCCUAGUCUAUGCAUUCAUUCCGCGCUAUUCUCAGUGCUACUUUCCACGAUACUCUGCUUUUUAUUUGAUGCUUAUUUUUUUUUUUCAAUACCGGUGGACUUUCGCGUCGGGAUACCACAAAACAACCGCUUCAUUACUUCAUCUUUCUUAUAAAAUAAAAGUAUUCUACUUUGAAAUUGCAAACCAAAAUGAAAACGUCUUAGCGGAAGGUUCACGGGAAAAUUAUCGAUGAAAAAAGGGAUUGAUGACGAGUUAAAAGUGAUUUAGCAUCAAAGUUAUAACUGAAAGGGCCCUAGAAGUAAAUUAUCCUCAUGAGAUUAUUCGAUAAAUUCCUUAAAAUCUUAAAAAAUCACUUUGAACGCGUUUCAAACUCUCAAAAAGACCAAAUGAAUAAAUGAAACUAAAAAAUAAGAAUUAAAUUAAAAACGGCUCGUAAAUCGACAAACAACGCCCCUUAAGAGGCUUUUAAAACACGCCAAUUGUCACUCGAGCGAAACUGCUGAAACCACGAGGCUAACCGCGUCGCGUGUCCCCGUUCUCGUUCGAAACACUCUCUUUCUUUUCUCUCCUUUCCUUUUUUAUUAGUUUUUUUUGUUGAUGUUAUUUCUUCACUCAUUUUCAUCAAACUAUAAUAAAACAUCUUUUAUCCAUUAGUAGCGAUUCUUGACCGGCUUUUAAGCGGUCUUUUCGCAUUAUUAUAGCUCCAUAUAAAGUCACUGUAAUAUACAAUUUUUGACCUAUGUUAAAGUAUCGAAUUAUUUUUUUCCUUUUUUUAUCGACGAAAAACCUUUCCAUUUUUUUCUCAAAUUAGGUUCUCAUGACUUAAUUUGUAGAUUUCGUUUUUCAAAGAAAUGUAAAGGAGUUUUUUUAAAAAAACAUAGGUUUCAUGAAUUCCAUAUGAAAAAAAUAAACGGUUCUUUGAAUAUAUGUGAGAAAAAAAGGUUGCUUUUUAUUUCAAAGGUGAGGUUCCAUAGUUCAUGAGUUUUCCGUUUCCAACCUCUGCGAUAAGCAAUCGCGCCAGAGAGAGAUAUCGAUCGACUGUUGGUCUGGCGCCCGGCCGGUUCUUCGCCUCGCUCUCGCGGUUGCUUUCAUUUCCUCAACAAUCGCGCAACUCGAAUACCCUGUAUGUUCACAGCCGCUUCUCACAGAGUUUCGUGAUUUCGAUAGCGUCAGAUCUUUUAAGUCUUGAACGCAAGGUUCACACCUGAAAUCUUACCUUGAAAAUACUGACAAGUUGAUCAGUUUUUGCUUUUUUUUGCAUGGUUUUGUCAGAAAUAAUUCUGAUUUUGGUAUAAUCUUAAAUUUUCAUAGUUUUUUUGCAUAAUGGUUAUCAUGCAACGAAACAAUCACCGAAUCACAUAUAUAUAUAUAUAUAUAUAUAUAUAUAUAUAUAUUGAAUUUGAAAAGCAAACGGCGGCUGAAUUUUACUUUUUAUCUUUUUUUACUAAUAGUUCGAGUCCUCAAACACAAGCUUCUCGUCAAACUUGAGUACGUAAUAAAAAAAGAAAUUUUGGGAAAUAUUUUUUUCGGCAUGUAAGCUUAUAUACUAUAUACAUUUUACUCUCAAAAACUAAUUUUUUUAUAAAAAAAUAAAUUUUUUUGAUUUGCUCAAGGAUGUCGAAAUAAAAUUUCCCUAUCAAAAUACGAACCGUGGAAAAUCAAUUGCGUUCUAUACUAUAGUUUUUCUGCGAGUGGUAUCAAUAUAUCGGGAUUAGGUCAACGAUAGAUUCUAUAUUUUUUCGUUUCUGACUUUCCUUUCCUUCUGUUCUCUAGCUCACUGACCAUCCUGGAACUUGCGUCACAGUUAAAGCUGACCUUGCAUAAUGAAGACCGUGGAAAAUAUUCGUGCGCCAGUCUUUUAUAUUACAAAGAAGUGGUGCCUUCUCGAAAUAAUCAUAUAGUAACCAAAAAACAUUUAGUUGAUAGGCAUUUUCCGUUUUAAAAUUCUUCAUAACAUUUUUUGAAAAUAUUGGUUUGAUGUGAGGACAAAUAAUUUUUGAUUUAUAUAUAUAGUUAAUUUAUUUGUCCUGAAAAAAACACGACGAGAGUUUGUUCGAACUCGAGGCUGGUCCCCCAGGAAAAAAAGUUGUGACAAAUUUUUUUAUGAGGACUUUUAAAGAAAUUUUUUUAAAAAAAGUCGAUAGAGUUGGGUACUUUGCUGUGAACUUUCAAUUUGAGCUCUCCAAUGUAUUUAUUUUUACGUUUUUUUCCGUGAAUAUAACAUACCCAUUUUAAUGUCUAAUGUAAUUUUUUGCAGCUCCUUAUCGAUUUCGAGCCAAAUCUGACUUUUCUUACUUUUGUCGAAUUUCGUCCAUGAUUCGAGUGCUGGCCGCUCAGCAAAGCGUUUCAUCUAUGUUGAACGGCGGCGAAACAGGUUUGCCCUUCUUUUUAUGCUUUUAUUUUUCAACUGUUGCUAUGAUUCUCUUUGUCACCCACACGAGUUUAACAAAAUUUUAUUGUUUCUUCUCUUCCCUUAAAUAAUUUUCGAAGUAGUCAAAACUAAAAAUUAUUUGGGGUUUUUCCUAGUUUUGUUUUGUUUGAGCGUUCAAUAAAGCGAAAAGUUUUUUUUCUUUUUGUCAGUAUUCAUCAUUUUUUUUUUUUGUAAUCGAGUUCUCCUGUUAUAUUUCCAAUAUGAAUAAGUUUUUUUGGCUUUAUAAAAUCGUUUGUUUCACUGCGUUUUUCCUUUUUCUUGUUUGUUCAUCAUCUACUUUUAAUGAAAGCAAAAUCUCGAUAUUUGGUAUCUCAUGGUCAUUUUCUAAAUAAUAUUUCAAUUGCGGGAUUCCACGCUGUACUAAUGCGCUAUUUUUGUGUUUUAUCUCAAAAUAUGGUGUGUGCAGAAUCUAUUAAUUGUAUCUAUUUUGAUGUUCUCCGAAAUUAAGAAUGCAACCAUAUGAUAAUUUUGUUUUUUUCCUGAUUUGCAGUUCAAAUUGUGAAAAAAUCUGAACGAAUCUCGUCUUUCUUUUGAUUGAAAUUAUGUAGAAGCUUUUUAAGGAAAAUUUCUCACUCAGUCAGUUCAAUAGCUAAUGGAGUAGUUCUGGAUAAUAUUGAAAAAGACAGCGUAGUCAAGGACCGUAUGCACCAAAGUUCGCGAUCCAAUUUAUUUAGGUGUGAUAGGUGAAUGUUUGGGGAAAAACAUGUUUUUUUGAUUUAUAACGAUUUGUAGCUUUUAGAAUCGAAUUGUUAUUUCAAUCAGUUUCAAUCAAUUUUACUUAUUUUCUGUUUCAUCCCUAAAUAUUACCGAUGAGACGGUCAGUAAGUGCUUGAAAGAAGCCGCAAGAAUAUCUUCAAACUUUUAUUCGGAAAAGUCGAAAGAAUCAGCCUUUUUUGCAAUUAGUUCAGCUGAUCGCGGCAAAGUCGGCUUGAUGGUGUGGAAAAAAGUUUAGAAAGUCGUGAAAUUUUGAUUGAACGCAUGUGGAAUUGGCAUUGAAAUCAGAGAAGUCAUAUGAAAUGGGAAAGAAAUCACGAUUAAAAAUUGAAAGACGCUGUUUAGAAGAAAUUUUUUUGAAUUGCAAACGUGAAAAAAACAACACGUUAAAACAAUCGAAAACGAGUUGAUUCGAAGAAUGUUUCAUUUCAGAAAGGAUCGGUUCUUCGAGCACUCCAAAAAAAUUUCUGCUUUCACUGAUCCUUUAUCAGCCUUGAACAUGCACGGCGAAGGACCGCUUGUCAGGAUGAAUCCGUGAGUUUUCAGAAGUCUUGUGAUAAGAAUACUUUGGAGAAUUUUACCAAAUACAAGAAUAAAUAUUUUUUAUCUGAAUUACAGAAAAAAGAGUAGAAAGCCACGUUUUUGAAACGUUAUAUAAAGAGCUAUUUAGGACGUUAUUUUGAUUUUUGCUGAAGGGUGUUAUUUACAUAGUUAUCUCAAUAAACAAGGUGAAAAUUUGAAAAUCUGUCAAAAGUCAAGAAAAAUGGAGCCAAUAAAAAUCGCGCGUGAAUAAAUUACCGUGGAAGAAUUAGCGUUGAACGAGGAGCCGUGAGAAAUUUUUUGUAAGAAGGUUUCAUGCGCGCUCCACGGAUAACUACUCGAUAUUUCGAAAAGAAUUUCCUAAUGCCGUGUUUAAUUUGAUGACGCGAAAUGCAAAAUACCCGUUAAAGAAGGAAAAGAUCAGUAAAUUUUGGAGAGUCCGAGAUCAUUUUGCAUUUCUCGGAAUCAAAUUGAACACGGCAUUAAUGAUACCCCAGAUAAAUAUUUGAAUUGGAAUAAUUAACACAAAAAAAACACUGUAACCGGUUUUGUUCAAGUAUUAGGUCAAGAAAAAUUAGCAUACGGAUGAAUUUCCUUGCUUGUUUUCUGCAAAACUAUGAAAUUCUAUUUUUUUUUUUCCUCAAACUUUUCUUCCUAUAUGUUUUUCUUUUUCUUUUGCUAGACAUAGUUUACCCGUCCGCAAUAAAUACCGGAAUCUUUUUCCACGUUUAUUUUCUGAAUUUUUGAAGUACAAACUUCUUUCUGCGAUGGAAGUUUUUGACGGAAAGAGUAUACAUUUGAAGAAAAAAAUAUCAUUUCAAAAAAAUUUCUCCUAAAUAAAACUGAACUUAACUUAGGAAAUAUUCAGUAGUACAAAGUACAGAAAUUUAUAGAAAUUUGUGUUGCAGUUCGGUGGAGGACGGUCCAUCUUCUUCUACGGCGACUUCUCAGCCACCCAGCGUCAACACUAGUGACCGCAACUCUUGAAGACUCAUUCCAAACAAGUACCUUUUUCAGGUCCUGCCACGGUAACCUACAAAAGCUCGUCGAUAAUCCGACGCAAGCGAGUGGCCAACGAUCCGAUGGACCCUGGAUCGCAGAGCAAACGGCCCACUUUGCCGCAUUUGUUAAAUGUAAUUGCCUUGUUCUUUUUGUACAAUAAACCUUUGAAGCAUGUUAUAUACAGGGUCGGUUCUCUGUUGAAAACAUUGCCGUUUCUUGUCCCCUUCCAGUUCAUAUAUUUAUUACAUAUUUCAACGCAUUUUUUGAGCGAAUUAUUCGUGCCAGAUUUUCUAAAAUUAUGAGACGCAGUUCAUUUUAUAAACAUUUUCUCUAGACAAAAAAACAGUUCGGUUAGAAGGCUCCGUUCUCUUUUAUAUUUCAGAACACACUCUUUUUUAGACUUUUCUGAGAGUUCAUUUUUUCGAUUUAGUCUUCAUAGGUUUUUAAUGUACAAUGUUAGGAGUCGAUUUCUCGUUAGUCGGGAGUUUCAUCUCCAUUUUUGAGCUUCUAACUUUCAAAGGGACAUUUAUUCUUCUCUAUUCCUGAUAACUUACCCUUGAACUACUAAUUAUUUCGCUCAUGGCAUUCAAUGAGAUUUCGAGCACGGAAAGUUAUCGAGAUGGAAAAAAGUGCUCAACUCAAUGAGUUUCCGUAUCAAAAUAUCACUAAAUGCUCAUGGGUUUUUUUUUUGCAGAUUGAAAAAAAACUUGAGUUUCAGACUCCAUUGAAACCGAUCCUUCGCCGAACUCUCUAUGGCUGUGGACCUCCACGAAGGCCGAUCCGGUUCGCAGACGACCAUGGAAUGCCGUUGGUGCACAUCCGCGAGAUCCCAGCCAUCGACCACAGCAACAGUAUGUGCUCACCAACUAAAUCAUUUAGAUAUCAAAAUGUUAUAAUCGUACAUUACAAAGCUAGCAAGUGUAAACUCGAGGAAGUUGAAGCCACAGAGUGGAAGGAAAGGUCAUUUUACUUGUGAGUGUCCUAAAAGUCGGAUAGAUUACUCUUUGGUGUAAUAGAUGAAGAUUAUUAAACAUCUUGAAAUGCAAAACUUGUUUUUUUGUUGAUUAAGUCAUACGUCGGCUGGAUCCCACCCCAUGGUGCGGCCUUCUCCCGAAAAGGGCUGCCAGUACAUUUUCAAAUUUUUUUUUCGCGCUCAAAGGGCUGGGGUGGGAUCCACCUGGUGUAUGAACCAAGUUUCAGAUAUUCUCAACGCAAAAUAAAUUGCGACUCCCUCUUGAGUAGUUUAAGAUCAAACAUUUCAGAUGAAGUAUUAAGCAUGUUUUUUUUUCGUUUUAAACUGAUCUAAAUGUGUACUCGUAGAUCGAUUUCAUUCAAAUUACGCCUUUUAGCUGUUAUCACUCAUAAUAUCGCGAAAGUUCCUUUUUAGUUCUUCACCAAACAUUUUUGCGAUAAUUGACGAACUUCUAGGAAUUAUUCACGAUCCAGUGUGGUUAAUCGAUCUAAUCUUAGAGGUUUUUCUAAGCUCACCCUUUACCUAAAAAUUCCAAAGGAUAGGAUUUGAUUUUUUGUGUCUCAUACACCUCGAUUGUUUCUUCAAACAGCUUUUGGUCUAAACAAAGGACCGAAAAAUCUGAUCUUCAGGCCUCCAAGCUCGCGAAGAACUUCGCCACCUUUUGAAUUGCGAACGUUUUGAUCGGUCUACAUUUCCCGAUGAAAUCAGCUCAAGUUCUGAUGUAAGACUUUUUUUUGUUUUUCGCCUUCAACGGAACUUUCAGGGAGGUAACUGGCGCAUGCCGCUGAUUGUAAAUGCGCCAAACAAAAAGGUGCCCCAAGGAGAAUCCGAGGCGAGACUUAUCGAAGAACGACGCGUCCAAGGCACCCUGUCCUCUCUCGCUUUCAAUGCGUGGGUGUCCUUUCAUUUAAAUCCAGAAUUAAAAGUGAAUUGAACUUUAUAGGGAAAGUUGUUCUACGUUUGUAUUUCUACAGGUAUAGUUUUCAUACGAGUAAUGUUUACUUUUUGGUCUUUCCCCCAAAAAAAUACCUUCUCAGAAGCAAUUUCCAGUCAGGAGUCAUCAUUUGCACUCCAGAAAUAUGUUUAUUGAAAAUAAAAAUCUAGUAUUCGACCAUAAUUUUUAGACUCAAUGGAAGUCCAAAAAUCGUUGAAAGAGUGCAUUUGGCCAAGUUUUUCAAUCAAGAAAAAAAUUGAGCUUUAAGUUUCCGAAAUUUGGAAUACUUUUUCAUAAAUUCAUAUUUCAAUAAGAAACUAGAACUUCCCUUGUCCUGAAAAAGCGGCUUUCGUUUCAGAGAAGUGUCGCUGGAAGACGACUCGCGACUGAUGGACGAAGCCUGCCAAGCGAUGUUCGUUCGCCCGAAAACAAUUCCUCUGAAUUCUGCGUCGGCGAUGAAGGCCGCCGCCGCGGCCGCCCAGUCUUCGAUUCGCAGCAAAUCGGCGAUUCUCGACCUCCCACUGCCUGGUCGUCCGCGUCCAGCGCCGUCCACGGCGACCGUCUCUCCGCCACCUUCCCAAGAAUUGCCCGCGACUUCUCCUCCUCCUCCUUCAGUCGCCACCUCAACCACCCCCGCUGCGACUCCUCAGCUCCCUGACAAUUUGAGGAGCAUGCUGGAAAAACUGAAGAGCUCUGUGCGUACUUUGUCGAGUUUACCGGGUGUCUCUCGUGCGAUUAAUAAACCGUUUGUGAAAUUUGCUUCGGAAACGGAAAUGAAGCACUUUUUGCGAGAUAAUGACAAGGUUGAAAGAGAUAGCUUUUCUGAAAACUAGAGUGAAAAUAUUUUCUAUUACAAGGUAAGUUUGAAUUAUUAUCAUUUAUGAUGCAGUUUGAAAUUUUGCAAUGUUCGGAGGGACGCAGUUUUGACUUUUUUUUUCUCUACGUUAUGUAUUUUCCAUGUCUUUUUUUCUGCAUAUUUUUUAAAAUUACGCACAAGAUGUACACAUCGAACAAGAAGAUUGCUAUGAGCAAAUCGCGGCUGAACCUGAAGAAUUAAUUUUUUUUUUUGAAGCUUAUUUAUCAAUUUUUUUUUCACAUUUACUGUUACGUACUACCAGACUUGAUUAUUUAUUGAUACUUCAGAAGAUAUUUCCUAAAUUGUUUUUUUUUUCCUGCAAUUUCUUGAUAUUAACUCAGAGAAACGAGAUCAAAGUUACAAUUAUGUGAAGAUUCAGAAUAUUUUAACUUUUGGACGCUAGUUGUGUUACUCGUUAUUAAAUGGAAAAAAAAAGAUUGCGCAGAUUAGUUUAUAGACGUUUGAACCAAUUUUUUUUGCACACAUCUCAUUAAUCGUGUUAAAACAUUUUCGUGAAUACCUAAGAGAGAGAGAUAAGUAAAAUACACCCUUUAAAAGCGUCAUAGGCGGCAUUUUCUCUUGAAAGUCUAAUUUCAUGUUUUGGAAUUGAUUUUCACUCUGUUUAGGCAAAAGUCCCAACUCAGACUCAUUCAUUUAUCCUUAUUCAAAAAAAUUACCACUUUAGGUCCCACUAUUCGAAAAAAAUCCGCUAGCAUAAAAAAGUUCAACUGAUUUCAGUUAAACUUAUUAGAAAAACUAGGUCUAUAAUAGAAAAACCCAGAAUAUUCUUGUCAGCUACGUCAAUAUUCGCUUCGAAGAUGUUUCUGAAGUUUAAAAGCACGGGGGACUUGAUUCUUGAACAGCGGGAAUACACAUGAGUACGGAGAUUCUUUCAGGGCCUCGUCGGAGGCGGCGUUGUCGCAAAAGAACCGCAGCCGCAGGUCGGAGGCUACGUCGCGCAUUUCGCAGCGACGGCGCCACAGGAACACGUCUACACGGCGACGAUGGAUCUUCCUUCUUCUUCUUGGCCUUCUCAGCAGCCGUUGUCGCAGGACCUCCAUCACUCGCAGAACUCUAUCACGGUUUGUGUUCGUAUUGAGUCCGUUUUAGCUGAUUUUUCAAAAAAAAAAAUACGAUUUGGUAGAUAAUUUUAUUAUUUUAUUGAUAGUAUUUGAUCUGAAGAACCGAUUUUUGCUUAGGUCUUCGCUAAAACUUCUCCAGAAUAUGUAAAAUCUAGAACUUCAAAACCCUUUUUUAAGUUGAGACCUCCUUAUGUCGAUUGUAUACGAAUAACUAUCGGUAUUUUGUUUAAAUUAGUGACCUUCAUGAUAUAUUCACCAAGUUCCUCCUAGGCGUUCAGAGCGGUCUCGAAAAUUUCACUUUUUGCUAAAACGCAGUUAGACUCAGGGAUGUACAGUCUUCAAAUAUCAAGUCGAGGCGGAAGUUCCACGUCUUUCAGAUUUUGAACAACGUCGAUGUGCAUUCGAUGGCGUCCGCCGAAGACGAUUACGGAGUUCCGGGACCUUCUGGAGGAUUUGCGUCGCGUCGUGGAAGCCUCGCCGUCUGUCACUACUUCCGCAGGCCUGAGGGAUGUCAGCGCAUGAACUGCCGUUUCGCCCACGACGAAUCAGUCAGUUUCCAUUAAUUCCCCAUAUUUUUUAUCUCACUACGUUUAAAAAUACAUAAAUUGUUUGAUGGGAAUAGUAGAAAAUCAGCAUUCAUUAUUGAUAUCACGAUAAAAAGCUGCUGCCUUUAUCUUUUCAUCGUAAAGCUAUCUGUAAAUAUUUUUUCCAUUAUUUUUUUUGUAACUUUUCUGCAGCGAUUUUUUUUCGAUCUCCGGAAAAUUUAUUUUUCCCGCAACAAAAACUACUAAGAUUUUUCCCCGUUGAACUCCUCAAUUUUUGAGUACAUAAAACAUUUAUCUUCUUUUCUUCAAAAUAUUGAGUUUUUUCUUCAGGCAGCCCCGACCAACUUCCGUGAGCGCCCGCCCUACAAGUACCCGCCGAGACGACCCUACGGAUCGCUGCCUUUCCGAGGCGGCAGCCGCUUCCAACGUCCAGGACCGGGCAACGGAUUCGCGACGUCACGACGCAAGGAGGAGCAAUCGUCGCCGCGAAGCCUCGAAAGCCCUCCUCAACAACAAUAA